AUUAAUCCUCAUUAUCUAACGGGAUUUAUAGACGGUGAAGGUUGUUUUAAUAUUUCUAUCCUUAAAAACAAUGAAUUAUCAACAGUUAAACCUAUAUUUCAACUUAAUUUACAUAAAAAAGAUCUAAAAAUCUUAGAAGCUUUACAAAAAACAUGGGGUGUAGGUAAAAUAUAUAAACAUGGUCAAGAUUCAUUUAUGUAUCGUGUUAGUUCUUUGAAGAAUUUAAGAGUAAUAACAACUCAUUUCGAUAAUUAUCCUUUAAUAACCCAAAAAUUAGCAGAUUACCUGUUAUUUAAACAAUCUAUUGAUUUAAUACAGGAAAAGUUACAUUUAACUGAAAAAGGUUUACUAACAUUAGUUGGUAUAAAAUCUGUAUUAAAUUGGGGUUUAUCUGAAAAAUUUAAAGAAACAUUUCCUAAUUUGAUACCCGUAGUAAGACCAAAGGUUGAUAUUUCAGAAAUAAAAGAUGUUUAUUGA